AUGGCGUUAAUUGGGCCAGCCUCUGACGAAGACCCCGACUGGGUAUCGUACAACAGCACCUCGUCUGGCAGCGAUGACUCUCGAGACACGACGUUGCUGCCGACGUCGACAAGCAGUCGCACCAGCAAGAGUAUCAGAAGUUCCCUCUUGACGUCAUCUUGCAAGGAGCGUCGGCGAGCAUCGGCCAAGUCAAAACCGCCCACGCGAAACGCCGACAGCGGCAUCAGCCGAAUCACCGGGCUCUUUGGGUCUGGUACGGGCAGCCGUACGAGUACGAGUCUUGCUACGAGGCCCUCAGGCGCGCCCACCGACACCCCCAGGUUCAGCAUCGAAGGCUCCCCAAACAGUCCUCGCCGGAGACUCUCCAGACCCUGGCCACCCUCUGUCCCCUGGCCGUUCCUGGCACACACUUCGACCCGACACAGCCAAACUCAAACACAUAACCAUAACGCUCUCCCUCAACCGCCCUCGGCACAAUGCGAUCCAGGACAGCGGCUUCUGCAGUCACAAAAUGACACAGUCCAGGAGACAAAGCAAUUCCCACCGCGCCCUGCCCUUGCCCUGACCCGUGCGCCGCAGCUCCAUCCUGCGAAUGUCCUGGUCGACCGAGUCACCAUGGACAUCACCAACCCGGCGCAGAGUCCCAAUUUGUCGGACCUCCUGACCAGCCUCUCCAGCCGUGAAGAUGCGAGUCGCAAGAUGGCAGCAUUCAAGCUGCAGUCGCUGAUCAACGAUCCCUCCUUCGCCGAACUCUUUGUCGUCUCCGGCGGCCUGCCUCGACUGCGCAGUCUGAUCCUCGAGAGCAAUGGAAACACGUUGGCGUACAGCUUGGCGAGCUUCGCACGGCUACUGGAAGUUGACCAGGGGUGGGAAGCCGUCAAUGAUCAAGUGGUCGUGGAGUUGGUUGUAUGUCAGCCGCUGGUGAACAUCUUGCGAGGAGCCAUGGCCAUCUUGGUGUCGAUUGUGUCGCGGCCGUACCAUACAGAUCGAUCAUCACAAAUAAGCACGUCGAACAGUACAGGGGGCUUCCAGGCCCUGAAACCCGCCAUUGCGGUUUAUCCACAGUUUUUGGAGAUGCUGGUGACGAGAUUAUCUUCGGCGGAUCAUGCUCUGUGCGCGAAUGCCCUACAGCUGAUCAACUCGCUCAUGAGGGACGCAAUAACGAAUGAUAAUGAGACGGAGUGGCCCAAGUUCAUAAAGCGCAUCCAAGAUCUUGGGGUGAUCAAGGCUGUCUAUGUGCUCAUGCAGAGCUCAGCCCUGCAGGAUCUGGCGCACCCGCUGCUGGAGUUCCAGGCUCUUACGAAAGUCCUACUUAGAAGGUGGAGGGAUGUGCCAGUUGACUUGGUAAAGCCGGAACACAGACGAACAAUCAAGGCCAUCCACCUGUCCAGUAAUCCAGAGAAACCCUCGGAGAACGAAGGGUUGAACGGGGACUCGAAGCCCAAGCACAAUCCGCUCAAGUGGCGACGACUAGGAUUCUCUGGUGAAAACCCGGAGCCAGACUUUGCUGACAUGGGGUUCCUUGGGAUGAUGGACCUCUCAGACUAUGUGCGCAAACACCAAGACGAAUUUCAGAACAUCCUGCUUGAACAGGCGGUGGCCCCGGAGCAAAAACGAUGUCCGUUAGCUCGGGCCAGUUUGCUCCUAACAGCGAUUCUUUUCGAGCAUUUUGAAGUGGACAAGAUGGACCUGGAAGAUUCCAAGAGUUAUCUAGCUUUGGAAAGUCGGACUAACUUUGACAAAGUCUUCAAACCUCUGCUUUUACAUUGGAGCAGGCUUCAUGUUGCGGGCCUGCAUGCGUUCUUAAGGUUGUGGAAGGCCACAGGAGCCGAAUUAGUUGACUUUGUCAAGAUUACGGAGUUGGUUCGGAUAUUGGUAGAGAGUGUGGUCGGUGGAGCUGAUCGCACCAAAGGGAUCGAAGAAAUCGAAAAGGAGAUGGCUGCUUUUGAGUACAGGAAACUCCGCGAGCUUCAGAUGGAGCUGCUGGAAUUGACUUACGAAGACGUUUGGGGUCACCAUCUUCGUGGCGUUAAGGAAGAGCUGCAGACAGAGGCUCUACAGUUUGUCAAGGAACAAAGGAUCAGAUGCUUGCUUGCCGGGGCAUGGUUUCCCCAUGGUGGUGCCUAUGCUGACCAGGAAACUGGAGGUCCAGUCACUGCUGACAGUCUUCUUCAGACCUCGUCACAUGGCUACCGGUUCAUCAAGCUCUCCGAAAACCGUAAGUACCUGCACUGGGGUGACUUUGACGAGAAAGAUGAGGAGUCACCGGCUAUUUCUCGUCUGCGGGACAAGAUCGAUGUGUCGAUCAUCUCCUCGGUCGUGUCGAACGUGACCGCCAAUGACCGGUCAUCGAUCGCAUCGGAUUCGACCCUGAAGGAGCUGACGCACGACAAGUUCACCACGACAAGAGUCACCAUCCAUGGCUACUUACCCAAAUCGCGAGGUGGGCAUUCUCGAGCUUCAUCGAAAGCUUCCUCGGGUCGGAGUGCGACCAAGGAAUCUGUCCUGCUCACGUUUCAACCGAACAGUCAUGCGGUGGCAUCAGAAUGGUUAGAUGGCUUGCUCAUGCUGCUCGAUCAGCAACCCAUCACCUCCGAAACCAACAGGCUGAUCCACUUGAUAAGUGACUAUGGGCUGAAGGUACGACUGCUGAAUGUCCGGUUCAAUGAUGAGGAAGGCAUCGUUGAAGGCAUGGACGGGAUGGACGGCCCUGAGAUUCCUAGCAGGGAAGGACUGGAUGAAGACUAUUACUACGAGAUUUGA